AUGAAUAAAAGCAGCUCUCGGCACGACGCUGAAAUAACCGCCAGCUGCAGCCGUACGGACGCCACAGAUAACCACAAAAGCAGCGUGAUGAAAACCCUCUUCUGUCUGAGAGGGCUGUCUUUACCCUCUCCUCUCUCACUACUGUCUUCUUUACCUUCAGACCCUCUCCUCUCUCACUACUGUCUCCAUCACCUUCAGACCCUCUCCUCUCUCAUACUGUCUCCUUUACCUUCAGACCCUCUCCUCUCUCACUACUGUCUUCUUUACCUUCAGACCCUCUCCUCUCUCACUACUGUCUCCUUUACCUUCAGACCCUCUCCUCUCUCACUACUUUCUCCUUUACCUUCAGACCCUCUCUCCUCUCACUACUGUCUCCUUUACCUUCAGACCCUCUCCUCUCUCACUACUGUCUCCUUUACCUUCAGACCCUCUCCUCUCUCAUACUGUCUUCUUUACCUUCAGACCCUCUCCUCUCUCACUACUGUCUCCAUCACCUUCAGACCCUCUCCUCUCUCACUACUGUCUCCUUUACCUUCAGACCCUCUCCUCUCUCACUACUGUCUCCUUUACCUUCAGACCCUCUCCUCUCUCAUACUGUCUUCUUUACCUUCAGACCCUCUCCUCUCUCACUACUGUCUCCAUCACCUUCAGACCCUCUCCUCUCUCACUACUGUCUCCUUUACCUUCAGACCCUCUCCUCUCUCACUACUGUCUCCUUUACCUUCAGACCCUCUCCUCUCUCACUACUGUCUCCUUUACCUUCAGACCCUCUCCUCUCUCACUACUGUCUGCUUUACCUUCAGACCCUCUCCUCUCUCAUACUGUCUUCUUUACCUUCAGACCCUCUCCUCUCUCACUACUGUCUCCAUCACCUUCAGACCCUCUCCUCUCUCACUACUGUCUCCUUUACCUUCAGACCCUCUCCUCUCUCACUACUGUCUCCUUUACCUUCAGACCCUCUCCUCUCUCACUACUGUCUCCAUCACCUUCAGACCCUCUCCUCUCUCACUACUGUCUCCUUUACCUUCAGACCCUCUCCUCUCUCACUACUGUCUCCUUUACCUUCAGACCCUCUCCUCUCUCACUACUGUCUUCUUUACCUUCAGACCCUCUCCUCUCUCACUACUGUCUCCUUUACCUUCAGACCCUCUCCUCUCUCACUACUGUCUUCUUUACCUUCAGACCCUCUCCUCUCUCACUACUGUCUCCUUUACCUUCAGACCCUCUCCUCUCUCACUACUGUCUCCUCUACCUUCAGACCCUCUCCUCUCUCACUACUGUCUCCUUUACCUUCAGACCCUCUCCUCUCUCACUACUGUCUCCUUCACCUUCAGACCCUCUCCUCUCUCACUACUGUCUCCUUUACCUUCAGACCCUCUCCUCUCUCACUACUGUCUCCUUUACCUUCAGACCCUCUCCUCUCUCACUAAUGUCUCCAUCACCUUCAGACCCUCUCCUCUCUCACUACUGUCUCCUUUACCUUCAGACCCUCUCCUCUCUCACUACUGUCUACUUUACCUUCAGACCCUCUCCUCUCUCACUACUGUCUCCUUUACCUUCAGACCCUCUCCUCUCCCACUACUGUCUCCUUUACCUUCAGACCCUCUCCUCUCUCACUACUGUCUCCUUUACCUUCAGACCCUCUCCUCUCUCACUACUGUCUCCAUCACCUUCAGACCCUCUCCUCUCUCACUACUGUCUCCUUUACCUUCAGACCCUCUCCUCUCUCACUACUGUCUUCUUUACCUUCAGACCCUCUCCUCUCUCACUACUGUCUCCUUUACCUUCAGACCCUCUCCUCUCCCACUACUGUCUCCUUUACCUUCAGACCCUCUCUCCUCUCACUACUGUCUCCUUUACCUUCAGACCCUCUCCUCUCUCACUACUGUCUCCUUUACCUUCAGACCCUCUCCUCUCUCACUACUGUCUCCUUUACCUUCAGACCCUCUCCUCUCUCACUACUGUCUCCUUUACCUUCAGACCCUCUCCUCUCUCACUACUGUCUCCUUUACCUUCAGACCCUCUCCUCUCUCACUACUGUCUCCAUCACCUUCAGACCCUCUCCUCUCUCACUACUGUCUCCUUCACCUUCAGACCCUCUCUCCUCUCACUACUGUCUCCUUUACCUUCAGACCCUCUCCUCUCUCACUACUGUCUCCUCUACCUUCAGACCCUCUCCUCUCUCACUACUGUCUCCAUUACCUUCAGACCCUCUCCUCUCACUACUGUCUCCAUUACCUUCAGACCCUCUCCUCUCACUACUGUCUUCAUUACCUUCAGACCCUCUCCUCUCUCACUACUGUCUCCUUUACCUUCAGACCCUCUCCUCUCACUACUGUCUCCUUUACCUUCAGACCCUCUCUCCUCUUACAACUGUCUCCUUUACCUUCAGACCCUCUCUCCUCUUACAACUGUCUCCUUUACCUUCAGCCCCUCUCCUCUCACUACUGGCUCCUUUACCUUCAGACCCUCUCUCCUCUUACAACUGUCUCCUUUACCUUCAGCCCCUCUCCUCUCACUACUGUCUCCUUCACCUUCAGACCCUCUCCUCUCUCACUCACUUGGCAUUUCUCCCCUGUGGGGGCUCCCCCCUGGGGUGCGGUGAGCCCGUCCAAUGGGUGGAGGAGUCAGGAAGUUAUCAGAGCCAAAAAGUUGAAUGACCAUGAAGCCAAGAGUGUUUUGGCCUUCGGAUCCCUCUGGAACGUGAAGGACACGGAGAUUUGA